ACUCUGAGGACAACUGGUGGGCAGGUCAUCCUCCUACGCUGGAGAACCCUAGAUGGGGCUCCUGUGGAAGAAGCAGGUCUAGCGCCCCCCUAAGUUGACAGCCAUAACCCUUCAUCCAAUCCACGGGGACAGGACCGCUGCUCUGUCAGUUUAUUUCCCCGCUCUCGAGCGCCCGGCGAUGCGGUGCUGAGCAGGUGUGAGCAUCGUGAAGGACACACGGACGGACGCAUUUGCCCGCUACGGAAGGAAAACCAAGCAGUCCUGCUAAUGUUCCAUCAGCUGAGCUUCAAGCUGUAACCCCACCAGGUGGUCCUCACUUCAACAUCAUGCUGCACCUCACCCUGCUCCUCCAUCUCCUGGUCCUCCCUCUCUCCCCUGCAGAUGCCUCAAUGCACGGGGAGGUCCCCGACUUUUAUGGAGACGAAGCCACAGGUUACGGCCCAGUGUUUGAGGAGCAGCCGGUGGAAACCAUCUACCCAGAGGAGUCGCCCGAGGCGAAAAUCACCAUGAGCUGCCGGGCCCGCGCCAAUCCACCUGCCACAUACAAGUGGAUGCUGGACGGCAUGGAGAUGGACUUGGAUGCGCAAGGCAGUCACUACCGUUUAGUAGGAGGCAACUUGGUCAUCAGCAAUCCCAUCAAAACCAAACAUGUAGGACAGUACUUCUGUUUGGCCACCAACAUGUACGGCACGGUCAUCAGCCGAGAGGCCUCAGUCCAAUUCGGAUACCUCGAUCUUUUCUCAUCGGAGGAGAGGGAGUCGGUGUACGUGAAGGAAGGACAGGGGGCGGUGCUGCUCUGCGCUCCCCCACCGCACUAUCCAGCCGAGCUGUCAUUCCGAUGGAUCCUCAAUGAGUUCCCCACCUUCAUCCCACUGGACAAGAGGCGUUUCAUCUCCCAGAUAACGGGUAACCUCUAUAUCUCCAAGGUGGACUCCACCGACAGCGGCAACUACUCCUGCAUCGCGUCCAGCCCGUCCAUUUCCAAAAGCGUCUUCUCCAACUACAUCCCCCUCGUACCUCUGGCUGAACGUCCCAUCAGGAAAUACCCUGCUGACCUCAAUGUCAAGUUCCCAGACUCCAUCGCUCUGGUCGGGCAGAACAUCACCUUGGAAUGCUUCGCUUUGGGGAACCCUGUCCCUGAGAUUCGCUGGAAGAAGUUAGACGGACAGCUGCCACCCAAUCACGAGGUGCGGAUGGCGGGGGCUCAUCUGCACCUGUACAAUGUGCAGUAUGAAGACGGAGGCAGCUAUCAGUGUGAGGCAGUGAACUCCAGAGGAAAGGACUACCAUGCUGCACGUGUGUCUGUCGAAGCUUUUCCUGCGUGGGUGGAGCACAUCAGCAGCACAGAGAAAGACCUCGGUAGGGAUUACACCAUGUCCUGCAUAGCCAGUGGCAAACCUGAACCACGCAUUCGCUGGCUGAAAAAUGGAGAACCGUCCUACAGGAAAGAGAUGAGGUUCAGCAGCUUGAUGUUCGACGAUUCAGGGAUGUAUCAGUGCAUUGCAGAGAAUCACCACGGAGUCAUAUAUGCCAACGCAGAGCUGCGCGUGUAUGCUUGCGCUCCCACAUUUGAACACAACCCAGUGAAGAAAGUCCUGGUAGCAACAGCUGGCCGCGUGGUGAUCGAGUGUCGACCCAAAGCCGCUCCGAAGCCCACCUUCUCCUGGAGCAAGGACACCGAGCUGCUUUCCAACUCCACCAGGGUGUUCAUCUUGGAGGACGGCAGCCUGGAGAUCCUCAACGUGACGCGAGCAGAUGAAGGCCGGUACACUUGCUUUGCCGAGAAUGACCGGGGCAAAGCCAACAGCACGGGCUCUCUGCUCGUUACAGACUCCACAAAGAUCACCUUGGCGCCGUCCAACGCUGACGUUAAAGUGGGUGAGAACAUCGGGAUGCAGUGUGGCGCGUCACAUGACUCCUCUCUGGACAUCACCUUCAUCUGGUCCCUGGAUGGCAGGGUCAUUGACCUACACAGGGACAGUCAACAUUAUGAACGCACCCUGAAUGGAAGUUCAAACGGCGAGCUACUGAUUAAGAAAGCCCAACUGAAGCAUUCUGGACGCUACACCUGCACUGCACAGACCCCCAUUGACAAUGUCACCGUCUCUGCCCACCUGGUUGUCAGGGGUCCCCCCGGUGCCCCAGGUGGACUGCGAGUGAUAAAGAAAACUGAGAAGAAUGUUACAUUGCAGUGGAGCCAUGGAGCAAACAACCACAACCCCAUCUCCAAAUAUACCAUCCAGUACAGGGACUCUUCCUCAAAGGAUGUCUGGAAGAAUGCCACGACAUCUCCCACAGAUGUAGAGGGGAAUACAGAGAUGGCCACAGUGGUGGAUUUGUUCCCCUGGAUGGAGUAUGAGUUCAGAGUGAUUGCCAGCAGCACUCUGGGGACAGGAGAGCCGAGCAGCUCGUCACAUAAAGAAAAAACCCUGGCAGCAAUUCCUGUGGUGGCGCCCUCUGACGUCGGCGGCGGUGGAGGGACGACUAGAGAACUGACCAUCACGUGGACGCCCGUACAGCCGCAGUACUACUACGGGCCUAAUUUUGGCUACAUUGUGGCCUUCAAACCGCAAGACGCAAACGAGUGGAUGAGGGUGACAGUGGCUGACCCCCAGGCCAAGCGCUACGUCCACAAGGACGCCGCCAUCCCUCCGUCGACAGACUUUGAAGUCAAAGUCAAAGCGUUCAACAGCAAUGGAGAGGGACCCUUCAGCCUCAAAGCCAUCAUUUCUUCUGCACAGGACGCUCCCACUGAAGCUCCUAUAACUGUUGAAGGCAGAGCUCUCUCUGCCACAGAAGCCAUUGUGUACUGGCUGCCUCUCUCACAGAGCAAUGUAGAUGGUUACCAGGUGAAGUACUGGAGGCGUCAAGAGGACAGUGAAGGGGGCGCAAAGAGGGUGGUGGUAUCCGGCUUUGAGAACACCACCAGGCUGGAGGGUAUGAAGCCCGACUCCUACUACCUUGUUGAGAUUCGGGGCUACAACUCUGCUGGAUACGGGCCGGCCAGCGAGCACCUCCAGAUCCACACCAAGAAGCCCCCUCCAAGUCGAGCUCCCAAAAUAAUUGGUAAAAAGUUAAAGGGCAAGAGCGUAAACAUUGCCUGGGAACACGUGGAACCACUUGCUAGCGAGGCAUCGAUAGAUGGUUACAAGGUGCUGUGCAGGCAGCAGGGCCACUCCUCAGGCACUCUGUACACAACCGGGAAGCGGCAGAUAGACCUUCCCCUGCCCUCAGAAGGUACCUAUGUGGUGGAGGUCCGGGCGUACACAGAGGGGGGAGAUGGGGCUGUGGCACAAAUCUUCAUCACAGGUGGAGGCGUCAUGUCCGCCUCGUCUAUCAGCGUCCUCUCCCUGCUCGUGGUGUCUCUCCUCUGCCUGAACCUCUGAAUGUAGCGCCAUCUUUGUCUUCACUUCCCGUGAAGGAGACUUCUUAAUGGUUGACGCCUAUAAGGACUUUGGGACUCUUUCCACUAUCUUUUGGUUCCACCCGGUAACCCGGGACAUCAUAUUCCAACUCUUGCCCUCUUGGGAUAUGUUUGUGGAAAUACAGACACAGAAAUGGAAAAAUUGGAAAUGGACAAAGACAUCCCUUAUUUAUCCAUAAAAAGCCUCUUCGGAGGAGUGUCAAAAGGAGUACAGUCAACUUUUUAAAUAUGCCUUAUAUAAACGACUGCACUUAUCUUUCACAAUAACUCGUCAUGACUCAAAGUGGGAACAUUACACUUCAAGUCUUUUUACAUCAUGAAGCCGACCUUUCUUAGAUGAAGGUGCUGUUUGCUCAGAAAUGUGGGCUUCAUUUGAUCUAAGAUGUUUUGGGAAAAUCUAUCGUACAGUGCAUUCUAUAGUGUGAGGUAAACGAGUGGCUGUGAAGGAUAAGUGUACGAGUUUAUAAAAAUGUCUUUACGUCUUUUCUUUACUUGCAGUUCAGUGGCAUUUUACAAAAUGAAGCACACCCUUUGUUACAGAGAUACAGUCAAAGCAACUCUCAUCCUUUCAGACUUGAUCCUUUAGUAACACACAUCACAGAGGAAAGAGCAAGUUAUGUCAUGCUGAAAGAAUAUAUGUAUGUAUAUAUAUAUAUAUGAACAAUAGAACAAUAGAUUGGUUUUACCUGCAAUCAAUGCUCAUUUACAAACCGCCUAGAAUACAACUUUCAAAAGUGUGUGCAUGUUGACAUCGUUACAGGGAAGACGAGUUUGAAAUGGUUCAGAAGUGUUUUGGAGUUGAGGUUUCCGGAUCCAUAUUUUGCAAAGCUGAAUGUAAAGCAAACCAUCGGAGCAGCAAGUGAACUGAACAACAUAUCAGACGUGCAGUGUCACACUUUGGUUAUUUGUGAUUGAUCUGUACAGCUGUGAUCAAGGCAACAUGUGGCUCACGGUUGAACUACACUAAAAAACAACCAAACACUUUUAGUUUUGACUGUAUCAUUAGGAGCUCAGUGGUACCAGCUGGUGCUUUGUAAAGAAUGUUGGCAUUUUAUUUUUGUGUAAACAUUUUCAUUUCACCACACUCACCAUGGCUUUGUGUGAGAGUCACUAUUAACAGUUAUAGUGAACGGGAGCGACGCUCAUGCCCUCCAAUAAUUGUGCAAUGUAUGAUUCAUCUGUGGCUACUUUAUAUUUUCUAAUAAGACAACUUGCCUAGCUCCUAUAACAGUAAUCGUGUAUAUUUCAUUUUUCAUAAUCUGGAAUAAGCAGAAGGUAAGCGAAGCCAUUCAUAUCAUCACGUUGUUUCCGCUGCAUCAUUUUUUGUCUUUUUAUUAACAUGUGAUCAGAGAUAUAUAAACAUUAUCAACUGUUGUCGUUUUUUUGUUUUGUUUAUGAUUAUUAUAUUUGUAUGCCAUGACCCACCUCUGGUUGGACAGUUUUAAAACUUUAUUUCCCUCGAAUGGAGGAGAACAAAUGCUGCGUUUUGAAUUCCUCCGGUUCAUCUCUUGUGCGACUGAUGCUGGCCAUGCUUCUACAUUGUGACUAUAUCAACAUCCACCACAAAGUGCUUUUCCCAGUUUUCCUUCAUGCGACAAAUCAUAAAAAGAGUUGCCAAAUGCAUGAAUGCCUUGAACUUUGACGUUUUGUACGAAGCGAGUGGCUCUACAUUCUAACAUGCAUGACAUUGGAGACGGAGCGGUACAUUACUUUGCAACAAAUCAACGUCAUAGCAACUUGUCAACCUCUCAGCUUCACAUGAAACACAUUCCAUUCCUGAGUGACAUCCCUUUACGUCAGAGACAGUGUAGACCUCGGCCUAAUAGUUAUUGUUGUUAUUGUCAUCUCAUAUGUCUUGAAAAAGAGGAUUUUUAGAGAUAAAAUCUAAAACUGACUAAAGGAAUCUCACUCAUUCAAGUUCAGAAACAGUCCCGCAGUCUCACACACACACACACACACACACACACACACACACGAUGGUGGGGAUUUGAUAGCAUCACUGGUGGCAGUGGGGGCAUGUUUGGCUGUUUGCAGGAAGUUCAGUGCUUCGCUGGACUUGAAUGGCACUUGUGAGGGAUGAAACUGGAACCUCUCAUUGGCUGGACAAGGAACAAUAAAAGUGUAGUUAACUAUUAAA